AUGCUUGUGGCCGCAUCCGUCAUCUUCCUCUACUACACCAUCUGGACCCUUCUCAUGCCCUUUGUCGACGACGACCACCCCCUCCAGAACCUCUUCCUCCCCCGCGUCUGGGCAAUCCGCAUCCCCGUCAUCCUCCUCCUCCUGGGUUCCGCCGUCGUCGGCUCCUUCGUCGGCAUGGUCAUGAUUCGGAGCAACCAGAAGAAAGCCGCCAAGGCCAAGGCCGCUGCCAAGAAGAAGGCGUAA